CACUUUAAACGCAUAACAACGCUCAAUUUUCAAACAUACAACACACCCGUAACCGAAAACACUUGAAAAGCUACGAGUUCAUGCUGUAUCUGUAUAGACAUAAAGAAAUGUUUAAGACAAUUGAAUCACUACAUACACUUACAAUGCUACACAAACACAAGUUUGUACCUUAAAACUAAGCUCCAACCAAGUACUGUACGGUCAACAAACAAGUAUAUACAUCCUCAAUAGAUUCUCAUUUUUUCCCAUCCUAAUUGCCACAUUAUGGUCGUUAUAGCUCUCCCUUGUAGACACACACACACUAGAGAUAGAGAGAGAGACACAGCCACUUUUUGGUCUUCAACUUUUCCACAACAGAGUAAAGACAAAAAAAAAAAAGAGCAAAGAACGAAAAGCAAAAGCCCUCUCUCCCUCUCUCCAAAGAAAAAGAAAAAAAAAUGGUUUCCUGCAGAACAGAAGCCACUUCACAUGCAAACCACUUUCACACUCUCUCUUCCUAACACGAAAAGCAUCAAAUCCCCGCAAACCAACACUCCCUCCUUUUUCCCUCCUCCAUAAAACCCACAACACAAAUCCACCUUCUUCCCACUCCACCUUCUCUCCCACUCCAUUCACAAUCUCUCCACACCAUAGAACCUUACUCACUUCAAUACAACAGCAACCCAACAGCUAAAAACACAGAAAACAACUACAUUACGGCGACAAAACCUAGCUAGCUGCCAAACCAAACCAUGAGAGCAGCAGGAAUCUGCAGCAUACAGCAGGGCCUGACCCCAGAGGCAGCAGCUACCGUCAAACAAGCCAUCAGCCUCGCCAGGCGCCGCGGCCACGCUCAGGUCACGCCCCUCCACGUCGCCAGCGCAAUGCUCGCCUCCUCCGGUGGGCUCUUCCGGCGGGCCUGCCUCCAGGCCCAUUCCCACCCUCUCCAGUGCAAAGCCCUCGAGCUCUGCUUCAACGUCGCCCUCAACCGCCUCCCUGCCUCCACCACGGCCCACCUCCUCGCCGCCGGCCCACACCACCACCACCACCAUUCCUCUACCUACUACCCUUCCCUCUCCAACGCCCUCGUCGCCGCAUUCAAGCGGGCCCAGGCCCACCAGCGCCGCGGGUCCGCCGAGAACCAGCAGCAGCCCAUCUUAGCUGUCAAAAUCGAGGCCGAGCAGCUCGUCAUCUCCAUCCUCGACGAUCCCAGCGUCAGCAGGGUCAUGAGGGAGGCCGGAUUCUCCAGCCCACAGGUCAAAAUCAGAGUCGAGAAGACCAUCAAUCAUAACAACAACAACAAUAACACUACGACCAACAAACACAGCAAUAAAAACGCUGCUACAAGUUCUGCUGCUCUCGAUGUGGUACGUAGUAGUAACGAUUACAAGCCCCCUCCACAUCAUCACCAAAUGAGGAUGAUGUCCGUUCCGAAUUUCGGACAUCAUCAGCUAGUGGUACCAAAAUCAGCUCCCGUGGAUCACUACAAUGUGAGGGAGGAGGAUGUGACUGCUGUUUUGAAUGCAAUGAUGGCGGGGAAAUCGAGGAGGAACAUUGUGGUGACAGGGGAGUGUGUGGAUACAAGCGAGGCUGUGGUUCGAGCCGCGAUGGACAGAGGCGCUGCUGCUGCUGCUGCUGCGGAGUUGAGGUCAGCGCGGUUCGCUAGCCUUCCUCUAUUCACCCUGGCCAGCCUGUCGAGGGCGGAGAUUGAUCGGAAGAUUUUGGAGUUGAGGUGUAAUUACCUCCUGACGACGAAGACGUCGUCAGGGGUUGUUGUUCUGUAUGUUGGUGACGUCAAAUGGGUGGCUGAUUUCUGGUCUAGUUACGGGGAGCAGAGCAGGUACAUGAUGAACAGAAGUAGUUUGUAUUACAGCUCAAUGGAGUAUGUGAUCAUGGAGAUCAAGAAGCUGGUUAGAGAUUACAGCAAGCAAUUGGUGGUGGUGGGGAUUGCUUCUUUUCAGGCGUACAUGAAGUGCAAAGCAGGGCAUCCUUGUCUGGAAGAUCUUUGGGAGCUUUCCUCGCUCACUGUCCCCGUGGGGAGCGGGCUCAGCCUCUGCCUCAAUUUCGACCUCCAAUCCCCCAAAGGAAGGGAGAAUCGGCCGCCAAUGGAAUCUUCAGCUGCUAUCAAUUUCGGUGAAGAAUGUCGAAGCGAUUAUGGAGGUAAAGAGCCCACCAAACCCACAUCCAGCUUGCCUUCUUGGCUCCUGCAGUGCAAGGAAGAGACCGCUGCUGCUGCAGCGAACGAUGAAAACAGAGUGUUCACAUUCUUCGACAUCUUCGAACCGGCCAAAAACAAGAGAUUCGCUCACCGUAACAGCAACAAUUUGUGGGGGAGCAGCAGCAGGAAUCAAAGUCCUGAUAGUAGUACUAGCAAUUGCUGUACUACCACAAAGCCAGAUCUUCUAUCCAACCCAAACUCCAGCCCCAACUCUGCUUCGUCGAGCGAGGUCAGCGACCAUGGCGAAGACGAGGACAGGAGCUUCAAGGAGUUCAAUGGCGUCAAUUUGCAGAUCCUCUGCCGUGCUCUGGAGCAGAAAGUCCCCCAUCAGAGGGAGAUCAUCACGGAGAUCGCCACCGCGGUUUUGGAAUGCAGGUCGGGGAUGAAGAGACAGAAGCUAAGCAGCAGAGCAGCAGAGAGAAGAGAAGAAACUUGGCUGAUGUUUGAAGGGGAAGAUUGCAGAGGCAAAGAGAGCGUGGCGAGGGAGCUAGCUCGAGUCGUGUACGGUAGCAGCCAGGCCGGUUUCGUCGCGAUUAAGAACAGUGGUAAUGAUGAUCUUGAUCUCAGUGAGACAUAUGUCGAACACCUUGGGCUGGCCCUGAAUGAGAAUCCUCACAGGGUGUUCUUCAUUGAAGAAAUUGAUCAAACUUGGAGCAAUGCUGAGAAGGGGAUGAGGAAAGCCAUACGGACGGGAAGGGUAACGCUCCGUGGGGGAGAAAGCGUGCCACUGAAGGACGCCAUUGUCAUCUUCAGCUGCAAAAGCUUCGGCCAAUAUCAGUCGUCGUCUCCAUGUCCCAGCAGAAAGAGGAAACGUGGGGGUGAGAGCAAUGGGGAAGAUGAGCAUCAUGGGCUGAUUCUGUCGCUGGACUUGAAUAUGAGCAUUGACGACAGUAGCGAAAUUGGGGAUGAUGAUGAUCAGCAGGGCAGCAAUGGAGUUUUGCAACUGGUGGAUGGCAGGGUUGUUUUCAAAGUUCAUGGUGAUCAAGAGUUGUAGUUUGGUUGUUUUUUUAUUUCCUCUGUUUUUUCAUCAAGUGUAGCGUUUCAAGUCCUGAAAUUUGUUCAUUAGGCUCUGGGGAACCAAACAGAAGAAGAUUGGUGGUGACAUUUUGGGGUGGGGAAAGGGAACUGACAAUGCAAAUACAAGGGCUUAGCAGUAGUAUAGAGAGUGGCUGUAUAUUUUUCUAAUAUAAUGUAUAAUUACAGUGCUUAAUUGUGACUCUGAGAGUUAAGUUUCAGUUUUUGUGAUUGUUCAUGGGCAAAUCUUUCAAGGUUGGUAAAUGGCAAUAGAUGUUUUAUAAUAUACAAACACUUACAAGCAUAUUCCAAUAGACCACAUAUGCUAAAACGCGAGGAAUAAACAAGGGUAACGAGUACUUUUGAAGUAUACCGUACUUUAAAUUAUAAGAUCGUUGGAUUUGAGUAACCAUUGACAAUAAAAUCAGAUUAAUGGUAAAUCAAAAGAUAAUAUACGCUUUGUUAUAUUUUGGAAUUAAAGAGUUUCAAUGGACAAAAUGCUCAUAUAUCGUGGACAACUAUAGUAUAAUUUCGUAUCAUCAUGGUAUAUAUAUGUGACUAUAGAAACGUAUUUAGAAAAACCAAAAUUGUUUUAUCCACAACUGAAAUCAAUUUUUAGUGCAAUUUUUUUUAUAAUUUAAAUUAAGAACAAAAUAUGCAUGGAGUAAUCAAAAUUGUAAACUGAAAAUAGUCAUUUAAACUCCAUACUUAUUUUGAUUGAUCCUAAAAUAAUUAUGGAUUUUGAAGCAUUCCCUUCAUACACAGACAAGAUAUGGAGAUGUGUUAUCAUAACAUGCUAUGAACUUGUGAUUUAUAUUGCACUCCACAGGCAAUUGACGAAACCUUUUUUUUUUUUUUGGUGGAUCUUCCUUUUUUGGUCCUUUUGAGAUAGAAUUUCUUGUCUUGAAAGAAACAUUAAAGAGAGUUCAAAGAAGAAGAAAAACAUUAAAGGAGACAUCUUUUUGCUACUUUUCUUCAUUUUGUGAACUAUAAGCAAAACAUCUUUCAGUAAUUUUUGAUUUUCCAUCCCACUUUGGUCUCCCCAAAAUAAACAUAUAAAACAAACCGUUUUCGCUUUCCAUAAUAUAUCUUUCUUGGUUGUUUUUUUCUGCACUGCAUGUAGACUACUAAUUAGUAAUUAUCUUAGUGUCUAACCCGGUGUCAUGCAAGUAUUUGUUAAUUAAGAUUGAGCUUAUAUAUCCAAGGCAAAAUCUAUGAUGGUUUUCAAGAUUUGUUUUGUGUUGAAGUUGGUAGUGUUGAAUGGUAUUAUUCUCGUGAGGAUUUCCAGGUUUGAAAUAAAUAUAAAAACAAUCAUUGAUAAGGUUAAGAUCGCAUGGAACGGGUUGAGUCAUUUUUCAGGAAAUAGCACAGGUGAGGUCUGAAUUUCGAGUUAAGAGUUUAGCUUACUUUUUAGAUAGAAUAAACAGUAUGAUAACUAAUUUAGUGGUUAGAAGACCCUCUAUGAGUUAUCAAUUAGGUAAACGAUUGUAUCGUUUUGGUCCUAGUGAGCUUGGGAAAAAAAAGAAAGAAGGGAUUAGACCAUAUUAAAAAGGUUUCCAAUCCUACAACAGGAUAGGAUAUACUCCUUUAAUUUUCCAAGUUAGUUUUCUUUUGACUAUCUAAGAUAACUUAAAUAGUGGAAAAUGUUUGAUCUGGGAGAAGGAAGAUCAUGCAUAUAUAUAUAGGUUAAGUCCAUAUUAACGGCUAGCUGCGGGCCAGCAAAUGCGCCCCGCUGCAUGCUGCUGCAAACCAGUAGUGGAGUUACGUGGUUGGAGUAACGAUCAUAAAUCAAUCUCGCUUCUUCUUCUGACUCGUAUUUCCCUAUAGUAACGAAUGUGUAUUUUAAGGGAACGUUUUUCGAAAUAUGAAAACACGUGAUUGUUUAUGAAAAUAAAAUUUGUAUUAAUAGUUAUUUUUUCUAUUAAUAAAUUAUUUAUUUUAAAUUAUAUGUAAUGGAAUAUUUAUUUAUAUAUUGAAAAAAAGAACACCCUAGUUCAUGGCUCCUCCAUCGAAGUUUGGUUGUACAUAAGACUAUACUAUAAUGGUAUGAAAAUGUAUCAUUGUGAUAUGAACAUAUCAUGGUGUAUGAUACAUGUAUACACGAUAGUAGCAAUAUAAGCGAUAGUAGCAAUAUUCUUUCCAAAAAUAUAUCAAAGUCUAUAGAGCUCAUGAUAAAUUUGUUCUUUCUGCGAAACAAUUUUAGUAUUUUGAGUUAAAAACGAAGGUGGUAUGAGAUUUUUCUUCUUCUUAAAAAGAGAUAAAAUAAAUAAAUAUAAUUUUGCAGAUCAACGAACUCGUUCCAUCUCUAGCAAAAAAAAAAAUCAGUUUGAAACAACGAUACACAUCAAUUAAAAAUAGAGAAAAUAAAAGACAUUUUUAUCGCACCCCUUCAGUCUGACCCUAUUCAAAAAUCAAAUGACCAGAUCUAAUAACAAAUGCGUGAACAAGAGCUAUGCACCCUAAAACGCCCGGCCGGGGCGUGACUAAAUGUCUUUGAAAAGUUAUCAUUUAUCAUAUUAGGAUGGAAAAGCAUACAAAUUAAUGAAAAAAUCUUAUCUAACACUUUUUUUCCCUAUAUUUGUAUCACUCUCCAUUAUAGCCCACUUCCUUUUGAGCGACAACCCUCUGGCUGGGUGAUGUUGUGGCUUAGCUUUAUGUCAUUGGAGUAGAUCGAUGGAUCGAUCAGUCACAUAAUUAUUAAUUAUCUCUCUUUGUGAUUUUGCCUUAAUAUAAAUUGUAUUGCCGCCUAACUAAAUCCAGAUAGAUAGAUAGACAUCAAAGCAGGAAACAUUUGAUCAACAAAUGAUAAAAGGAAUGGGUGGGAAAAGAGAUGCAAAAGCAGGAAACCCAACCCCCACUUUUCCUCAGCUGCUGCUGUAUUCUUUUUAGGAAGAGUCACUAACUAACUAUAAUGCGCUAAAAAGUACUCAAAAAAACCACCACCCACAAAAUCUCAUAGCUAAUAAUAACAUGUGCAUCUAUUUUUACUUAUUAUUAUUCUUGUAUAUGUUUAUUUGCAGGCGUUAUAAACGCGCUGCUACGGAUCGGGAAAUCGCCGGAAUCGAUAAAGCAAGAAUACAAAAGCGAGAAUCGAAAAACACAGACACACGAUUUACGUGGUUCACUAACACGAUGUGUGUUAGCUACGUCCACGGGCGAAAGAGAGCCAGUUUCACUACAUCGAGAAGAUUACAGAUUACAGAGGAGUAUGAGAAGUAUUUAUAGUACUUCUCCAUGUGGGUCUAAACCUAAUCCAAUCUGGCAAAGGAAACGGUUACAGACCAGGCCCAGAACCCGAACCCAAAUAACAUUGAGCCCAGCGAGACUCCCGAUUACCCGUCGUAGCGGCUGAUAGUCCGAUUCAAGUCACAUCAACCACAGGAGGAGGGCUUCUUUUGUGGUUUCUUCUUCUCUUUCGCACUAACAAAUACACAAUUCAAAGCCAAAAGCAGAGACCCAAAAUCUUCCCUCCCACUACGUUGGUGGUGAGUGGAUCGAUCGGAGUGAUAUGGAGAUUGGAGUAGUGUGUUCUUUACAAAGGUAGAGAGGUUUGUGUAGAAAUGGAGACCAAGUUUCCACUCCCCUUUACACUUUUGCAGUCUUUGAAAAGCACAAAUAUAUUUAAUAUGCAAAGCUAGCCAGCCAUUGGGCAGCUGCUACUCAUCAUAUGUGCUUAAUAUAUCGAUCUCAACUUUCCCUUUUUCUCUAUUUAUUAUUUCAAAGGUUGGAUUAAUACCAUGUCCGGAUGUAUGAGGGUCAAAUCGUACCGGAGGUUGUACCGAGAGAAGUUAUUGAUAGAGUAUUUAGAGCUGAAAUUGGGAUCAAACCGUUUCAUAUUGCUGAAAAUCUCUUUCCCGAUUCAUGCUCGGAUAAAAUUAAUUCUAUGAAAUAAAUAAUGACCCAUAUUAAAACCAAUACGAUAAAAUGCGUCCAAACUUGUUUACAAGAAUGAUAACAUAACUGUAACUUAUAUUGGUAGUCCCUAUUCUUUCCCAAAAAAGAAUAAAAUGGUAAUAAUAAUGUUAAAACUCUUAAUAGAAAUGUUUGUAUUUUCCAUUUAAAACAAUAUAUUAAUGGAAAAUAGAAAUUCCCAUGAAUUAUUAUUUCCCUUCUUCAGGAAAAGCGGUGCUUUUUUAUCCAUCUCCUUUGCACUAACCAAGUAACCAUUGUCAGAUAAAGCACAUUAUCACAAAAGAAAAACAAAGACCAUCAUCAUAUCAGAUAAAGUUGGGAAAUUUCUGCAUGGAAGCAAGGAACCGAUUUCUUGGAUCUGAUGAAAUCCACUCAUUUCCUUCCCAAUAACAACUCCAUAAUUGAAAUUAAAAAGAAAAAAGACAAGCUGGAGUUAACCAAAAAAAACAACAAAUAUUGAGGCUUCUGAGUAUAGAUCAACCAACCUGCAGAAAGAUGAAGUCAGUGUAUUGGGAUGCUUCAAUCAUCAUUUGAUAAUUGGACUAAUAGAAAUGUUACAUAAUG